AACCGUAGCAGGUAUCUACGGGCGAUGCUAGGAAAAGAAAAGGCCGCACUUUGCUAGAAUGCGCAACUUGACACAUGUUGCGCCUAACUUCACCUCUUACAUCGACUUCAACGAUCACAAAACGCGUUGUUAUCACUGACACCCCCUUUGAAGCCGGUGCUACCUGACUACCAGAGUUAGAAGUGAAAUGCCUGAUAUCGUUGUAAUUGGAGCAGGAGUGUCCGGACUGACCUCAGCGUACUUGUUGUCUAAGGACAGGUCCAACUAUGUUACGGUUGUAGCCAAGCAUAUGCCGGGCGAUCUUGACAUCGACUAUGCGUCUCCUUGGGCUGGUGCCAACUUUGUACCAAUGUCAUCAGAACCAGAAAGCCGUUGGGAGCGAGCGACAUGGCCAGUUUUGAAAAGACUUGCGACAGAAGUACCGGAGUCGGGCAUCCAUCUCCAGAAUUGUCGGCUGUACCGCCGGAAGAAGGACGAAAAGAAGCUUCAUGGCGACAGCACAAUGCUCAGCAACGUUUUCGCAGCGAAUCCAUGGUAUCGUGAGCUUGUCGAUGACUAUCGAGACCUUAGACAAGAUGAACUGCCAAUAGGAGUCGGAUCCGGCUGUGAAUUUGGAUCUGUCUGCAUCAACCCCGGUUUGUAUCUGUCAUGGCUUGUGGGCCAGUGUAGAAUCAAUGGGGUGAACUUCCAACGCAAAACUUUAUCUCAUGUGUCGGAAGCACGGCAUCUUGGCAAACGUGGCAUCAGACCAGCAAUCAUCGUCAAUGCUACCGGGCUCUCAUCUCGGAUAUUGGGAGGUGUCCUGGAUCAAAGUAUGUAUCCGAUUAGAGGUCAGACGGUCAUUGUGAGGAAUGUGGCCCCUUUCAUGGUGAUUGAGUCCGGUACAGACGAUGGAGAUGACCAAGCAUGCUACAUGAUGACUCGUGCCGCUGGUGGCGGGACGAUCUUAGGAGGAACGUUGCAGGUCGGCAGUUGGGAAAGCCAGGCAGAUCUGAAUAUUGCGAAUCGCAUCAUGCAAAGGGCAGUCAGCAUUGCUCCAGCCUUGACAGGGGGCAAGGGUAUCGAACACCUCGAUGUGAUCCGCCAUGGUGUCGGGCUACGUCCAGGAAGAGAGGCAGGUGUACGACUCGAGAAAGAGAAGAUCGAUGGUGCUUGGAUCGUGCACAACUAUGGGCAUGCCGGUUGGGGUUAUCAAGGGUCUUAUGGCUGUGCGGAAGAGGUUGUGAGCCUUGUCAACGGCAUUGCACCAGAUGCCAGGCUGUAGUGAUCAGAGCAAACAAAUACUUGAGUAAGAUAGCAAUGGGGUUCUGUUAUUAUGCAACCUUUGAGA